UUUCGCCAAUCUUAAGCCCUCCCCGCCCCCCGCCACCCGCCGCCCGCCGCCUCGGAACAAUUCCGUCGGGAUUUUGCCGCGGCCGCCGCAGAAGAGGGGGCUGAGGGGCGGUCGCUUUGGAGUCCGAGGAAGUAGGAGGGGGACAGGAGUGAGAAGCGCCGCAGCACCGCCGUAGAAUCCGUGAGCCGAGGACGAGAUGGGGAUAUUCUUCAGCAAGGCGGAGCCGCCGCCGCCGAUGGUGCUGGUGCCGCCGCUCUUCGACUACCCUCCCCUCGCCGCCCGCACCAGGAUGGCGGUGCCAGCGUAUGAGUUAAUGUUUGGGAAACUCUCUCUGCGCAAUCUGUUUGAGGACUACUUCGAUCAAGCUGGCAAUAUGACCUCAAGGAUCAUGUUGAAGCCGCUGGAAGAUCCUCACGUUGAUUUGAUUGCUACUGUGUCUGCUGUUGGUGAUCAAAAUAGUGGAACAGGAGUAAAGGGAGAUGCUCUAUUUCGCUGGCAGAAAGAACUGGAUGAUCCCCAUACCUUUGUGGACCUUCUUGUGUCAACUUCAAAUCCCUUGCUGCAGCUGAGAUCAUGUGCAUAUGAUCCAAAGUAUCGUAUUGGUGCCUUUGGAACAUUACCUUUGCUGAUGGGAAACAGGGUGCGUUCAGAAGACUACGGGGUCAUGGGUGUAAGAUAUGGUUCAGAGAAUCUAUCAGUUGGGGCAUCCUUUGUGCCAAUUCCUUUAUCCAGUGAGGUACCCUUUGGUGCAUGGUUGGUUGGGAGAAAGGGGUGCUUAACAGCAGGAGUCCAGUACAAGCCACUUAGUCGGAGCAAACAUCCUAUGCCAUUUACAGAAUUGGAGAACUGGAAUUGUGCAAUCAGUUACGGUGUUGGCUCAACUAGCCCGCUCAGCCCUUCGUUCAUUUUCUCCCUAGAGCUUGCCAGAAGUACACAGCUGACCGCAUCAUUCUAUCAACACCUGGUUGUUCAAAGAAGGGUAAAAAAUCCUUUUGAAGAUGAUCAGGUUGUUGGCAUUACAAACUACAUAGAUUUUGGACUUGAGUUGGCUUCCAGGGUUGAUAAAGAUAAAGCAACUGAGGAUGGCAGUUCUUUGUUUCAGUUGGCUGCAAGUUGGCAAGCUAACAAAAACUUUCUACUGAAGGGAAAGCUUGGUCCCUCGAAGUCUUCUGUAGCUCUGGCAUUCAAAUCAUGGUGGAGACCAUCCUUUACAUUUAGCGUCACAGCUGUGAAUGAUCAUUCAAAGGGCACAACAUCUUAUGGAUUUGGCCUUCGAGUUGAGGAUCUUAGACAAGCCAGCUACCAACGAGCUGAUCCAAACUAUGUUAUGCUGACACCAAGCAAGGAGCACUUGGCACCAGGUGUCUUGCGCGAGUACGGGAAGCGGCCCAUGUUCCAGACGCAGAUUGAUUCUGGCAACUACGAUCAUUUACCAACAGAGCUGAAGCCUAUCGGCAGGAUAUUCUAACUGUAGACUGUUCCUGGUCAUCUAUCGCUAGGAGCUUUUUCAGCAAGGACUGCAUCAGCAAAGUCUUGUAAUCGUAUCCGCCUUAAUCCUUGACAAGCUAUGCUGUGAUCAGAUAGAAUUCCAGUCUUAAUCCUUGACAAGCUAUGCUGUAAUCAGAUGGAGUUCCACAGAGCGAAGGCAAUCCACUUGUGACUACACCUCUACGGAGCACGUUCAUUGGAUUAUGAGCUGAUGUCGUCAUGAUAGCUGCAUGACUAUUUUGAAACACGAGAAGGAUCCGACGCUUGCGGUAAUGCCCUUGCAUUAUAUUUGGACAGGCAAUGAUCAAGAUGUGAUGCAAUACACAGUUACACAGCCCGUCGUAAAAUCCUUAUCAAGAUAUCAUCGGAUCACCAUCCAGUUGAUGUAUGUGUUGUCGAUGUCAAAGUUGUUUAUCUCCUCGAUAUCAGGUACAUACAAGUGACGCCCACAGCACGUACGCGUCAGUCUUGAAGUGACAGCGAUAUUCUAUUCUGACAGCAAAUCUCGCAGAAGUCAAGCCGCAGGGCUCAAGGCUCAGCGCCGCACUGGCCGGUUUCUUCCACACCACACCACUAAACAAACAACGCUCCACGUCCACGUCACGAGCACACACAAGCGCCGCACAAUUUCUCAAUGCCGACAAACACGUUGGCGCCAGGGGUGGACCGGAGGACCUGAGUAGCUGACACUAGCAGUUUGAUCGAGCAGUGAAAUUGCUUGAUUGGGGUGAGGAUGGUCAUAGGU